GUUUCAAAGCUUCAGAUGACCUUUGGCACGCAUUUAGGCAGAUAAGCUAUGACUUCUCUUGCCCAUAGGGGGGCGCCAGAUUUUUUCCAGAUGGAGAGCCAGACACUCCCUGACCGAUAUAAAAGCUGUGUGCGAACGUGCUGAAACAGUCCAGGAAGUCUUCAAUCAGUCAUGUACCUGUUCCUCCUGGGCCUGGUUGUUUUCUACUACCUGUACCGCUGGGUCAAAGAGCUGCCCAGGGUCCCCGACAAGGGCAGCAAGUAUGUGUACAUCACAGGCUGCGACUCUGGCUUCGGCAACCUCUUGGCCCGCCAUCUGGACAAGCAGGGCUUCAGAGUGAUCGCCUCGUGUUUCACCGAGAAAGGAGAAGAGGAUCUGAAGAAGUCCUGCUCCAGCAACCUGAUCACAACACACCUGGAUGUUCGGUCCAAGGACAGCGUUGACAAAGUUGCAGCGAUGAUCAAGGACAAGGUGGGGGAACGCGGCUUAUGGGCUGUUGUAAACAACGCAGGUGUGUCCACGCCGUCUGCCUCGUGUGAUUGGCUGACCAUCGAUGAUUACAAGUCCAUGCUGGACGUGAACCUGAACGGGGUGAUCUCGGUGACCCUUAGCGUCCUGCCGCUAAUCAAGAAGGCCAGGGGAAGGGUGGUCAAUGUAGCCAGUGUGUUUGGGAGGAUCAGUGUCACAGGAGGCCCGUACCCUAUCUCUAAGUACGGUGUGGAGGCUUUCAAUGACAGUCUCAGGUUAAACAUGGCGCCUUUUGGUGUAAAAGUCCUCUGCAUUGAGCCGGGCUUCUUCAAAACAAAUGUGACUGACGCUACUAUCAUCAGCAACAAUGUGAAGAUGCUGUGGGACAGACUGCCCCAGGAGAUCAAAGAUGACUAUGGCUCUGAAUAUCUACAAAAAACGGUGGAGAUACUGAAAGACAAAGUUGGCAAGAUCAGUGAUGGAGAUCUGAUGAAGGUGGUCAGGUGCAUGGAGCACGCCGUGUCCGCUGUCCGGCCCCGCACCCGCUACUCCCCCGGCUGGGACGCCAAGUUUUUCUGGCUGCCGCUGUCAUACAUGCCAACCUGUGUCACUGACUACAUCAUGACUAAAGAAGCCAUUCCUAUUGCCAAGCAGAAGCAAUAAAUUGUGCUUGUUUUUGUCCAUUUGUGCACAGUUUAUGCAAACAAUACCCGCUGCAAUCGUCAUCCUGAUUGAAGCCUUCUUCCCAUGCACAUUUUCUGUAACCUCUAUUCAGCUUUAAGACAAUUAUGCAUUACCUCUGUGACAUAAACAACACAAUUUAAAGACGUUGUUUGUCUGCCUGCCUGCCUCCUGUUUAUUUUCUACAGAUUCACUUUUCUGACAUGCAGGGGAACUUGGGAUUUUCAAGGCCACCUUAUCUACAGAGUAAUGAUGGGUUGUGAAAAAAGGCCGAAGAAAAAUGUUAAUACACUUUAGCCUUGAGCUUGAACCCAGUGAGGCAUUUUCUUCGUGUCCCUCCCUCACUGGUUGUAAAUAUCUCUGAUGCUGAUACAGCACAGAGAACCACAGAAGUCUUAACACUGUCUCUACAAUAGCCAAGAAGCCCAUCUCAUAAUAGGAUGUUUGUGUUGGUUACAGCAAAAACCAGUUUUCAUUCAUCUCCAUUUUCUGCUGCUGCUUCUCCUGGUCAGGUUGUUUAAUUAUAUCAAUAGGAGUUAUUCUCAUGUACAGCUGGAAAGUACUGA